AUGUCUGGAAGAGGCAAAGGAGGUAAAGGCCUAGGGAAGGGAGGGGCCAAGCGUCAUCGCAAAGUUCUGCGUGAUAAUAUCCAGGGAAUCACCAAGCCCGCUAUCCGCCGCUUGGCUCGUCGCGGUGGGGUAAAGCGUAUCUCCGGACUGAUCUAUGAGGAAACUCGCGGAGUGUUGAAGGUGUUCUUGGAGAAUGUCAUCCGUGAUGCUGUCACCUACACUGAGCACGCCAAGAGGAAGACGGUGACUGCCAUGGACGUAGUGUAUGCCCUCAAGAGACAAGGUCGUACUCUACCAACAUUUUUAGAGGCAGCUCGCGGCAAUAGAGCAUAUUUCUCAUAAUAAAUCACAAUGGCGAGAACCAAGCAGACAGCACGUAAGUCCACGGGCGGCAAAGCCCCCAGGAAGCAGCUGGCCACGAAGGCCGCCCGUAAAAGCGCACCAGCAACCGGCGGCGUGAAGAAACCUCACCGUUACAGGCCCGGCACCGUGGCUCUGAGGGAGAUCCGUCGUUAUCAGAAGUCCACCGAGCUGCUGAUCCGCAAACUGCCCUUCCAGCGUCUGGUGAGGGAAAUCGCUCAAGACUUCAAAACUGACCUGCGCUUCCAGAGCUCGGCUGUCAUGGCGCUGCAGGAGUCCAGUGAGGCUUAUUUGGUGGGUCUGUUCGAGGACACCAACUUUGCUUUGGUAGUCAUCAUGUCUGGAAGAGGCAAAGGAGGGAAGGGACUUGGCAAAGGAGGUGCCAAGAGGCACCGUAAAGUUCUCCGUGAUAACAUCCAGGGUAUCACUAAACCAGCAAUCCGUCGCCUGGCUCGCCGCGGUGGAGUCAAGCGAAUCUCCGGCCUGAUCUAUGAAGAGACUCGUGGAGUGUUGAAGGUCUUCCUGGAGAACGUCAUUCGUGACGCUGUCACCUACACGGAGCAUGCAAAGAGAAAGACCGUGACCGCCAUGGAUGUAGUCUAUGCUCUCAAGCGACAGGGACGUACCCUGUACGGCUUUGGAGGAUAAAUAAAUCACUCUUGUCAAAUACUCAAAAUCAAAGGUCCUUUUAAGGGCCAC